AUGCUUUGGCCUCGGCACAGCUCAGGCCGCAAGGACAUGAAGUUUGGGAUGUACUUGAUCUUGCUGCUGUCCCUGAUUCACUACACCACAGCCGCGGGCGUCUUUAACUGCCUUGGGUGAGUAAUCAGGCUCGAAAGGGGCCGCCCUGAUCGCGUAACUGCGAGCGUGGAGGUGCGGCCGGCGACAGGGCCGGGGCAAAGGCACGGUCUCGCGCAUUUGGACUUGGAAUUCUUUCUCUGGCGACUGACACACACUUCGUUCUGCGUGCAUCCCUUUCCGCUCGGACCUAUAACAGUGGUGCCGUUUGUGAGUACACCGCCACCCUGUCACCAGUCUUUACCCGCAUGGUCUGUUGCUGACCCUCGUUCCCUGUGAAUUGCAGAUAUCGUCGCCCAUCCCGACGACGACCUCUUGUUCGCCGGCCCGGCUUUGCAAAGCGAUCUCGCGAGCAAUGCAUGCCAUACUUCCAUCUACCUGACGUGAGCAUAGUCAAAAUAAUCUGGUACUUUGUGCCUAGGACUGAUAUUCCUGUUUCAUGUUCUAUCAGAUCCGGCGACUCUGGAUCCGGAAGCGAUUACGCUCAAAGUCGAGAAGGCGGUAGUGAAGCCGCGUAUGCACAGAUGAUGGGUGUAGCCAACAAUUACACAGAGCAAGUCUCAGCGAAACUCAUGAGCCUAUCCCGACCUUGGGUACCAAGAAGCUGACUUGAUUUCGGCGAUUGGUUCUUCAGAUUCUUCGCCACUUUCGGUGGACAGCCGGUGCUCGUGCGCACUCUCAUCGGAGCCCCAGGUGUGCAAAAGCUCUGGUUCCGAUUACCGGACGGCAAUAUUGAUGGAUCCGGGUACUCGGUAACCGGGUGAGCAUGGCGCACGCCAAGUCUUUGCCGCCGAAUCAACUCCCCAAAUUAACACCACCUUCGGAGUCUUUCCUGCAGAUCGGAGUCAUUACGCGACUUGUACUUUGGCACGAUCGGCACGAUCAACACUGUGUCCAUGAACGCGUACUACACCUACAAUGAUCUGCAGAAUGCUUUGGUGGAGAUCCUGAAUGCUCGUCAACCGACCGUCGUGCGAACUUUGGAUCAUUUGUCCGCCGUGAGUCUUCCCAGGGGCUAAAGCGGGUCCAUUGAAGAGGAUGAGGAUAAUCUGACCGCUUCUCAUGUCACCGCUUCUCGUGACACACCAUUAGUUCGAUGGUGGAGAUCACGCCGAUCAUAUCGCGACUGGCCGAAUUACGCGAGAAGCCGUUAGCGCGUACACACUUGGAUCACCGACGUUCGCGGGUUACAUGGGCUACCCGGUGUCGAACCUCCCUCCGACUUUAUCGACCACCUCCAGCGAGUACAAGGCCAAGUGCGCCGCCUUCUUCGCAUACACGCCCUACGAUGUCGACGAAUGCCAAUCGUUGUCCGACUGCCAGGCCGCCGGACGAGGUGAGGUGUACUGGUUGCAACGCCAGUACGCCGUCACUCCAGCGCUGGCCACGACGUCUUCGAGCGCCCAGACGCCUCCGAAGCGAUUGCCUGCGGGCACGAACGUCGCUUUGACGGCCGUGCCAAGCGUGUCGAGUGUCGAAAGUGGAACCAGCGCGGCGGGUUUGAACGAUGGUGUCAUUUCUGGUUACCCGGCCAACGAAACAGCAGAAUGGUAAGCGCGUUCUUGUUUCAUGGGCGCAUGCGCAGACUAACCCUUUAGGUCCUUUGCAAUCCCCAACAGGGCUACCAAUCAUGGCGGUGUGGGUAGCUGGGCCAAGCUGACUUGGUCGACGCCGCAAAAUCUCACCGGUGUCAUCCUGUACGAUCGACCGAACUCAGACGAUUGGCUGCAGGCAGGAAAGUUAACCUUCUCCGACGGACGAGUUCUCUCUUUCGUGAACCCGCUCAACGAUGGAACGGGACUCAUCGUCAACUUCAAUCAAUCGAUCGUGACCAACACGUUGCUCUUGACCGUGACCAAGGUCUCGGCCUCGACUUCGAACGUCGGCUUGUCCGAGCUGCAGGCCUGGGGUGUGGCGUGCCCACGUUGCGCGCUCUCGUCAAUGACCACUACAACGCCAACGCCUUCCAAGACGACCACCUCCGCAGCCUCGACCCCUACUGGUGCACUUGGACCUGAUUUGGCACGAUUGGGUACAGCUACCUCCUCGACCACUGCGGAUGGUCAACCGGCCUCCGCCGCCAUCGACGGUAUCUUGAGCGGUUACCUCGAGAAUGGAACAGGCAACGAAGCUGCCGAGUGGAGUUCGGAUCACCAAGGCGUCGGAGCGACGUUGACCAUCAACUUCAGCUCAGCGCAAACGAUGAAUCGCUUCAUCCUCUACGACCGACCCAAUUUGAACGAUCAGAUCACUGGCGCGACGGCGACCUUCAGCGAUGGCAGCGUCGUGACGAUCCCGAGUUUGCCCAACAAUGGCACGGGUUUGACGGUCAACUUUGCGCAAAAGACGACGACCAAGGUCACGCUCCGAGUAACCAAGGUCUCUUCGACGACUUCCAACAUUGGUUUGAUGGAAUGGCAGAUGUACUUGGUGACUGCGGCGGCAACGACCACGGCCACGGCCACGACAAAGGCCACGACAACGGCCAUGGCCACGACAACAACGGCCACGGCCACGGCCACGACAACGUCCACAACAACGGCCACGGCCACCACAAUCGCAACCGCAAUCACAAUCACAUCCGCACCCGCAACCGGAACCGCAACGACAACCAGCACAUCUAUGUAAGUUUGCGAUUCCUUUUUAUUCUCACAUUUCACUAUAGUGAGCUGACACGCAGACACGCGGCUGCAAUCAUAACAAACAGGUCCAAGACCCCGACGGCCGCGCCGGUUCCUGUCUCGACACCUUCUCCUGGCGUUGAUAUCGCACUCGCGGGUGCCGCUACCGCUUCGACUGGUGCUGCCGGGCAAGGGCCCGAGCGAGCAAAGGACGGCAUUAUCGGUGGCUACACGGAGAAUGGUCAAGGCAACUCUUCCACCGAGGUGAGUUCCACUUCCUCGCCGUGUAGCAGUUCUUCUAACUGACGCUUUGCAAAUCUGUCACACCAGUGGUCAACGAUCAGCCAAGGUGUCGGAGCCUUCCUCACCAUCACCUGGUCGUCCCCCAUCUUCAUCAACCAGUUCAUCCUGUACGAUCGACCCAACUUGAGCGAUCAGAUCACCGGUGCGAUCGUCACCUUCUCCGACGGUUCGACUGUGAACAUCCCUGCUCUGGCGAAUGCUGGAACGGCUACGACGAUCAAUUUCACGGGACGCUCCACGACGACUGUCACGCUCAAUGUGACGAGUGUCAGCUCAACGACUCAGAAUGUUGGUUUGAGCGAGUGGCAAAUCUUUUACGUCGCGGCCAGGUGAGCAAAAUCCGUGCCCCGUCUACCUGCAAAAUUUACGCUGAUCUUUCAUACCUCUGACAUCACCAUCACCUCGUCUCCGGCGCUCAGCACCACCUCAUCACCAACUCCGACUGGUUUUGCUACUGCAGCUGUAGUGACUCCGUCGCCUGGAACCGAUAUCGCGCUUUCGGGCACCGCCAGCAGCUCGUCGAGCAGCCUCAGCCAGGGUCCCGAGAAGGCCAUCGAUGGCGUGAUUGGUGGCUACACGACCAACGGUGGCAAUUACACGCAAGAAGUGAGUGCUCAUUCCGACAAGUUUGUGGAUUAUCCCAAAUUCUGACUCAUCUUUAUCACUCUCUACAGUGGGCCUCGGACGGCCAGACCGUUGGUGCGACAUUGACAAUCACUUGGACUUCGCCCAUCUUCAUCAACCAAUUCGUCUUGUACGAUCGACCGAAUCUGAGCGAUCAGAUCACAGGGGGGUAUGUCACCUUCUCCGACGGAUCUACGGUCUCGAUCCCCGCUCUCGCGAAUGCCGGAACGGCUACAGCCGUUAGCUUUACUGGCCGUGCCACGACGAGUGUCACGCUUACGGUCACGAGUACGAGUUCGACGACCUCUAACAUUGGACUGAGCGAAUGGCAGAUCUACUAUGUCGUACCUACGUGAGUGAUUCGAAGGAGUCUCUGACGUGGAUGCUAUUGCUGGCUCUUACUCACUCUCGACUUUUGUCCCAUUCCCACUACAGUGCGAGCACAACGACGACGACGACGACGACGACGACGAGCUCAGCUGCUGCUGCCAGCCCCACGCCGGGUACCGAUCUUGCGAUGUUGGGCACUGCGACCAGCUCGUCUAACGGCCCAGGUCAGGGUCCCGAGAAGGCUUCCGACGGUCUUAUAGGUGGAUACACAUCGAGCGGUGGAGAUUAUACACAAGAGGUACGUUUAGCCUUGCUGAAGUAUGAUCAAGCGUCAUAACCAACCAGAUUCUGGGCUUUCGCAGUGGGCUUCGAACGGACAAGGUGUUGGCGCCACUUUGACCAUCACCUGGUCAUCGCCGAUUACAAUGAACCGUUUCGUCAUGUACGACCGACCCAACUUGAACGACCAAGUUACGGCUGGUACGGUCACAUUCUCCGAUGACUCGGUUGUCGCCGUCCCGACUCUGGUGAACGCCGGAACAGCUACGACGAUCAACUUUUCGACAACGACGACGACGACGGUCGUCUUUACCGUCACUGGCGUCAGUUCGACGACGAGCAACAUCGGUUUGAGCGAAUGGCAAAUCUACUACGUCUCGGGAUCAACGGCGACGACGAGUUCCCAGAAGAGUGGCACGGCGCAGGUCGAGUCAUUGCCCGAUGGCGUACCGCAGGUAGUGGCGAGCAGCCCGACAACGACUUCCUCGAGCUUGACGACCAAGUCUGCGACCGCGAGUCGCUCGAGCACGACGAGCUCGACGCGUUCAACGGUCUCCCUGGCGCCUUCUGCAACUACAUCCUCUAGUAGGUCUACCGUCUCCCUUUCCUCCACCACCACAUCGAGCAAAGUCACCUCCUCUACGACUUCAAGCAGUAGCGCAAUUCCUAGCCCGACUACUGUCGCUGUCGGUGGUACGGCUGCUAACAGCUCGCGUGCGAUGCGCACUUACGCCGCGUACAUGGUCGCUUCCGUCCCGAGUGGCGCUUCGAACGUGAGUCUUGGAUCGUUUGAGCCCCUGACUUUUCUUAUUCUUCGAAGCGGGGCUCGAUCCUCAACUCAAGAGCAAUCAAAUUGCUGACUUCGUCUUUCUGUUCCUUACAGUCAUCGGCGACCACCUACGACGCGUGCAGCUACAAGUGCGACACUACUCUGGCCUGCACUUACUUUGCCUACACGCAAGCGUAAGUCAAGAUCGCUACCGAGCUGUUCGAGACAAAAUCAAACAAGGCAGUUAAUAAUGCUUCAACAUUGCUGCCUGUUGAUACAGUACCAAGAUCUGCUCGCUGUACACCCAAACGAACGCCUUUGGCAGCUUCACCCCCGUGACGAAUGGCAAGGUGUGGAACCUGUUCGUCCCGGCGACGAAUUGCACGGUCUACGCUACUGCCAGUAAGUCGCGAGCGAGCACCCGAGGGAGAAGACUUCUUACCCUCAGGCAUUGAUGUACUCAUCCGCACCCCCCUUUGCAAAUCUCACCAGCCAAAAAUGCGGCGUGCACAAUGUGGCAAACUUCGUCGACGGUCUGUGCGACGGGAACGGGUACGACGGCAUGGUCCGUCUACCCCAGUUUGCAAGGUACUGGAACCGGGUCGGCUGAACAUGUGAGUUGUUCUGCUCGGCCAAUUGUAAUCCGUCCGAGUGUCCGGUAGCUAACCGAUCCUUCCGAAAAACACUAUUCUUUAGUCUCGCGCCGUCUCUACGGACUACAACGCCUGCCUCACGCGCACGCUUUCAACCUCCGGCGCAACCUACUUUGAAUUCGCCUUUGAUACCCGCAUGUGUUACCUCAAGUCGACCGGAGCUUUCGCCGGCUUGACGACAACGAUCAAUUUCGCGCAUACGGUCCUGGGUACAUGCGCUUCGAACGCCGCGGCUGCGAACGGAGCGGUGUGCAUCGAUCGAGUGGCUUGGUGAGUUCUCGUAAAGAAAAAAGAGGCAAGAUGUACACAAAAACAAAGUCACUGACCUCAUUUGACCCAUGCUUCUUAGCGGCACCGCGCCCGUCGUGAGCAGUACGACCUCCUCGGCUUCGAAAACUUCUACUUCGACCUCCAAGUCGACCUCGACCAGAACGUCCCUUUCAGUCGCCCAGAGGUCCGCCAUUACGGGCCGAGCACUACCAACGGCUUUGAUCGUUCGUGACCGAUCGAAUUAA